CUUCAACCACUAUCACCUUCAACAUCAUGGCCCCAGCUCCAACCUUGGCUCAGGUCCAGACACUGUACAACGCUACCAAAUCCGCUGCAUCCAAAUUCACCACCUAUAAUUUCCGCACGCAUUUCCUACGCAGGACCGAUGAAGUAUUCAAACCCGUCCUCGCCUCCCUAGAGUCCGGAUCAUCGUCAUCGUCCUCACCUGAAUCCCUGUCCACAUUUUACCAGGAGCACCAAGCCGAGCUGGAAGUUUUGAAGAGAUCAGCCGAGGUCAAUCGCAUGUUCGAAGGACCCAAAUUGGUUGUGGAGCAUCCGAGAAUUAUCACUGGAGGAGGAGGAGCCGGUAUGGAGGCGUCACAAGGAGGAGGAGGGCAACCGUCAUGAUGCGGGGACGAGACAUGUAUCUUUCCAUUCACAAACCGUCUCCUCUCCCCUUCCUUUGGACCUCUUACCGCGUUAUGGCUGUCAGAUCGUAGCUCAUCUCAUCAUCCAUCUUCCACGAUGGGCUCACAUCAUCACGAUUUGUACGAUCGCCGUCGCAAAGGGUCCGUGGACUCAUAUCGAUCUCAUAGGAGCCGCUCAAGGAGUGCUGACAGCUACGGCCGUCGUCAUCGCUCACGCAGUGUUGAUGACAGGUUCCGAAAGGACUCCCUCCGAGAUCAAUUACCGGCGCUGGAGACGCUGACUGAAGCACCGGACAAGACUGAUCCUCCUACAUAUGACGAAUCCCAGGCAGAUGCUCAAUCGGGCGACUCUGAGAAAGGCAAGCAAGGCGGCGCACAGAAGAAGGAGCUUGCUCUUUGGUGGUCGUUUGCGCCUCUCUUGCCACUUUUGAUCGGCCUCUUUCUCCUGUUCAUCGUCACCUGCUCGGCGUCCAGACUGAGAGCGGACUUCGCUUUGAUCAAGAUCCAGCUCGACGCAGAGGAUUAUAGCGCUCUGUAUACUGCAACGCUGGACCAGCAGACCCGGCGAAAAAGGGACGCGGCUGGUUAUCUGACGUUAGGAACCUGGGGUUGGUGUGUCAAAAGUGCAGAUUCGAGACAAACGUCCUGCUCUCGUACCAGCGGGUGGUACAGUAUGGACCAACUCCUUGACAAUACCAAUAGUGGCCUUAGCUCUGACGAUUUCAACUCAUUCCUCGUCCAUCUUCUCAUCCUUCAUGGGCUAGCGCUGUUGAUCACCCUACUUGCAGUGGUGCCCGUGAGCUUGUCGGCUUGGCGUCAAUAUCGUCGUGACACCAAUUCCCAGCCUGGAUGGUUUCAACAUGGGACGAUCCUCGCCUCCGCAAGUCUAGCCUUGGUUGCAUGGACAAUUGACAAGAUUCUGAAACACUCGGUCGCUUCCAACGCCAAUGCAUACACGGUUGAGAGCGGGCAAGUUAAACGCUGCCAUUUCUAACAGCUAACGUUUGGACAGCCUUGGCGAAGCCUUUACAGGUGGUGCAUCACUAUGUCUCUACAUUGCUUUUGCCCUGUCCGCCAUCCCGCUCAUGUGUCGAUUCAUCCGUACCAAGCACGAGUGGGCAGCAACCCACGGGGAACUACAGAACGCUACAGUGUUGGAAGAAGAGGAAAGUGCUAAGAUGAGGGCAGAGGAGGAAGAAGCUAGGAGACGAAAGAGGGAAGAACGACGUGAUCGUAGAGGUAGAAGGGAUCGUCGGCGGCAUCGUUGGAGGACAUACUUUGAAUAUAGAUGAUGAAAGUGUGCGGCGGC